UAUAUAUAUAUAUCCCUCUCUCUCAAAGUUUUUACGAUGUGUAGUUCAGCACCCAAUGGUAAUCAGAGCAGACUUUUUUCAUUAGGCUCAAAAUUUGUGGUCUCAUGUACCUUAGCUCAACACUGAAAAAUUUCAAAGACUAAGGUGGUACAACUUUAAGAUAUGAUAGGUCCAAGCUCAAGAUUGAUAAUAACAGACCCUUUUAAUUAGUUGAAAAUUAGCAUGCUCUGACCAUGAGCUGAGCAGCUGAGGAAUUCCAAAGUUGUGUUGGGCACACAAAACUUUCUUGAUAUUACAUCUCAGAGCUCAAGGUUUAUAAGUACAAACCCUCUUGAUUGAGUGGAAAAUUAUACAGAGAUGUUGACCCAGGCAUUAGGAAUUACCAAAAGAUAAGGUGGACAUACAAUAGUCUGUUGGCCAUGUUAGACCAAACUUUGAGGUCAUUUAUUGGGGACCCUUUCUACUGUGGUAGGAAUAUGUAGUCUCACAGAGCUUAAUGAAAACAUUUCAAAACCUGAAUAUUUAAGGAUACACAAAACUUGCUGGUAUCUUUUUCUUGCAAAGAGCUCUGAGCUCACUUGGCAUGAAAAGCUUCUAAUGUGCACCUCAGCUUUUUGGGGUGUUCAGAUGUUAAGGUCAGCAUGCUUCAGUCCACCAAAGUUUAGCUCUUUCAAAAGCCUGCUUUUUCACCUAAAACCUUUAACUAUAAUAUCUUAAAACAUUUGUAUGUCCACCUCAACUUUCAGGAUCUUUAAAUGCUUAGGUUGUUGUCUGAGUCUACAAGCUGUAAGCUCAGUAGGGUCCACCGUGAUAAUUUGUGCACUUUGACCUAUAACAUUUUGGGAAGUUUUGUAUUUCCAACAUAGCUUUUUAGGUUCCCAAAUGAUUAUGCCAUAGUCUAUCAGUCUACAAAUCUUGGACCCAAUCAAAAUGAUCCGCUUCAAAAUUUCUUGUCAAGGUGACACAUCUGCUUGAAGACCAAAGGCUUAUCAAAUUUUCUGCCACCAUGCUGAAGAACAUUCCAUCUAACCUGUCCCCGGACCUGCUGCACGUGCUGGCCAGCAUGGGGCACGGCGACGAGCUGGUGCUGGCCGACGCCAACUUCCCGACCAGUUCCACGUGCCGGGCGGGGCCGCGAGAGGUGCGUGCCGAUGGGCAGACGAUCCCGCAGCUGCUGGAGAGCCUGCUGCAGCUGCUGCCGCUCGACUCGUACGUGCCGCAGCCGGUGGCGCUUAUGGACAUGGUGCCCGAGGACAAGGCGGCUGGACUCCAGGCGCCCGUCUGGGAGGAGUACCGUCGCCUCCUGGCGCUUUCGGAGGGCGCGCCCGUUGGCGUGGAGCUGGUGGAGCGGUUCGCCUUCUACGAGCGCGCUAAGAGGUCGUUCGCCGUUGUGCACACUGGCGAGCGCUCCCUGUACGGAAACAUCAUCCUGAAGAAGGGGGUGAUCAAGCAGGCGUGAUGCAGCAGAGCAGGCGUAUGCCCACCGCGCUAGCGGUCGCGAGGCGGUAGAUAUUGGGAAUUAUGCGAUAUGGGCUGCUCGAUGUGACUGAUGUACAAUUUGAAACCGAUGCGUAUGAGAAGCAUAAUGUAUGAUGUCACUGUGAGUGAUAUGUUAUCUGGUGUGCGCCUUGUAUGGAUAAGGUGUGACCUGCUUUCGACUUGACGUUAAUGUCAAUGAGCGGACCAAACCACUGUCAUAUGGAAGCAAUGUGGACCGAGACUUCUAGUACCAUUUUACAAGUAUCAUUGAAAGGUGAACUGUAUUGAUGGGUUUUACAAUUUGUUUUUGACAUUCUAUUGAUACAUGGCUGUGGUUACACGCGUAAUGAUGAUAUUAAUUUCAAUGGUUUGCUGUCGCGUGAUAAAGUCAAAUGAUGCUCGACUACAUUAUAUUAGCAAGGGGUAUCCGUGUGGGCAUGUGAAUACAAAAGGAUGGUCACAUGGUAACGAUCGUUCUUGAUUGACGUGCCAUAUAUACCAUGGAAACAUAUAUUACAGCUGGUGGCUUC